AUGAUACGUGUAAUUUUGAAAUACUUCCAAUCUCGUAGUUGGCCAACUUAUUUUCCAACAGUGAUUUUGAAUAUUAAUAUACGUCCUCACACCUCAACUGGCUAUUCGCCAGAAUUUGUCAUGAACUCCCUUCAUCCGAUUAUGACUGAUGACAUAAUUUCCAAACAAAGGAUGUCUCAGAUAGCAAUGGAUCGAAGAAUCCUAAUCGCAGAACUCCGUGAAAACAUCGCACAUAAGAACGCUAAAAACACGAAGAACCAAAUAAGACGAGCUACUGUUGGUGGUGCAACCAUCGCUGGACCAAUAGCAAUUGAUUGUGCAGUAUUAGUGGCUCCUCCUACAGCUCAAUUAAAAACAAAAGAUUCUGGUUUUAACAAGAAGGCUGUUGUAGUCGAAAAUUGUGGUAAUGGCUACUAUAAAAUUCGUUUCCAAGAAACAGGAGGAUACAGACAAACUGAGACCGUUGGAAGCACAGCAACUUACCAUCGUUCACAUUUGAAACCAUAUUCUUUUGGUGAUGAUCAUCAAUUAACAAUGGAACAACCAGAGGUGAUUCCAGAUGAAUCUUGCUCAAAACAAAUCGAAGAGGAAAUGGAAAGACUUGAGUUGGAAGAUAUGAGUGAUCUUGAAAUUGGCUUGGAAGAUUUUGAGGGUUGUCUAGCACACCUUGCAGAGCCGCCACUUUCCGAUAACACUUGGAUGUCGGAACCAGGGUCAUCUCAAGAUCAUAUUGUUCCCCAUAUUCAAGAAGCAAGUCCAACGGCCAAUGACGAAACUAAGGAGAGUGAACCUCCACAAGUAGCACAGACAUCCCUCUCAUCUGAACGGACCGUGAUGAUAUUUUUUUAA